AUGCAGCCCCUGCUCCUGACCCUCGGCCUCGGCCUCGUCGCCGUCCUGCGGGCCCAGGACCCCACGGGCUUGGUCUUGGAGGCCCCGGAUGUGCGGCUGGGGCAGGGCGGGUGGCCGGGUGGCGGGGAAGGGCUGGGACCGGGGGAGGGCGGCCAGGGGCCCGUGGACGGGGCAGAGACCCCAGCCCUGCGCUCUCGUGGGGCGCUCCAGACGGAGGAGGAGGAGGGCGCUCCUCUGCCCCCGGCACUGGGGGGCUCCCGGCCCCAGGGCGUUUCCAGGCCCCCUGGGGACGUGUGGGUGCUUAUGCCCUCGGCCCGGCCCCAGGUGACAGGGACAUGGUACGUGAAGGCCAUGGUGGACAGCAAGGGGGUGCCGGUGGAAAAGAGACCCAAGACGGUGUCCCCCGUGACAGUCACAGCCCUGGACGGCGGGAACCUGGAGACCAGUUUCACCUUCAUGAAGGACGAUCAGUGCCACGAGGUGGAGAUGUUGUUGGAGAAAACGGAGGAGCCGGGCAAAUACACGGCCAGGGCCUUCGGGGGCAAGAAGCUCGUGUACAUAGAGAAGCUGCCCGUGAAAGACCACUUCGUCUUCUACAGCAAGGACCAGGCAGGGAAGAAAAACUUCCACGUGGGAAAGCUCCUGGGUAGAAAUCCGGACGUGAACUCGGAGGCCCUGGAAGAGUUUAAGAAAUCCUCGCAGCGCAGAGGGUUCCAGCUGGAGAACAUCGUCACCCCCGUCCAGACGGAAAACUGCACUCCGGAAACUGAAUAGGCAACCCAGACCUGCACCGCCAGAGACCCCUGCCCUGCUGCCUGGCACAGAGCCCGAAC